UUUGCUAUUCCUUGUCCAUUUCUCCCAAAAACCAAACCCUUUCUUUUCCAAUUUCUUCUUUUAAGAAACUUCUUCUGUAUAUAUUUUCUGCAAAUUGCCAUUUGCUACUAGCUUCAAGGAAAGAUAAAUGUCGAGUAAAAGGCACUGUGAUGAUUUUUCGGCUGAAACGCUGAGAAAGAAACCAGCUAGGGUUUUAAGAAUCCAACUUGAUUCAAAUGAGGAAGUUGGUACUAAUGAAGUAAAAGUUUUUUAUUUUCGGGUUCUUUUGCCUAAUGGAAUAACUUUAGAGUUGCAAGUACCUGGGCCACCUAGUGAAAUGCCUGUUGAGGACUUUGUUAUUUUAGUGAGGCGAGAAUACCAAAAUCUCGGGCGAAGAACAGAGUUACGUAAGCCCAAAAGACAGAUUAAUUGGACUAGCAAGGAUUUGCAUUUUGUAGAUGCUUUCGAGAACAGGAUAACGAAGAUGUUGGAUUUCAGGAAUUUUAAAUCCGACAAGUCUCAUAUGCUAAGGCUCUGUGAUGGUUUAGCUGAAGCAGAUAAAUAUGAGAAUAUGUGGGACCUUACACCAGAUACUGAUUUGUUGAAGGAACUGCCUGAAGAGUAUACAUUUGAAACCGCACUGGCGGAUUUGAUCGAUAAUUCAUUGCAGGCAGUAUGGUCUAAGUCUACAGACCAGAGAAGAUUAAUAAGUCUGGAGCUAACUAAGAACAGGAUUACAAUAUUUGACACAGGCCCUGGAAUGGAUGGAAGUGCUGAAAACUCAAUCGUGAAAUGGGGCAAGAUGGGAGCUUCUCUACAUAGAUUAUCAAGAGACAGAGGCAUAGGAGGAAAACCUCCAUACUUAACGCCUUACUUUGGUAUGUUUGGUUAUGGAGGACCUAUUGCAUCUAUGCAUUUGGGAAGACGAGCCUCAGUUUCUUCAAAGACAAAGGAGUGUAAGAAAGUAUUCGUGUUACAUCUUGAGAGAGAAUCUUUACUCUGCUGUUCUUCUUCUCAACAAACUUGGAGGACUGAUGGAAAUGUUAGAGACCCAUUGGAAGAUGAACUACAAGACUCAACUGAUGGUAGCUUCACUAAAGUUGAAAUUUUUUAUCCAAAGAUGAGAAGCGAAAGCGUACAGAAACUACAAUACACACUGAAAGAUAUAUACUUUCCUUAUAUUCAGUGUGAUGAAGUAUCAAAAUCAGGAAAAACCAUGAUGCCUAUUGAGUUUCAGGUCAAUGGCACUAAUUUAGCGGAAAUUGAAGGUGGAGAGGUGGCAACGACAAACUUACUGUCCUGCAAUGGUCCAGAGUUUGUAAUGCAACUUAGCUUUCACGUAAAGGAUAGCAAUGGUUUGAAAGUUGGUUCAGGACCAAAAUCAUUCCUCGAAGCACAUGCUCGCCUGAGGUGUGUUUAUUUUCCGGUGGUGCAGGGUAAAGAGAGUAUUGAGGUGAUAUUGGAAAAGCUAGAGGCAGAUGGGUAUGGAAUUACUGAGAAUUUUGAAAGUUUCAGCCAUGUUUCUGUCCGUCGGUUGGGUCGUCUACUUCCAGAUGCUCGAUGGUCUUGGCUUCCCUUUAUGGAACCAAAGCUAAAAAAGAGUGAUAGGGCGGAAGUCCUGAAGAGAUGCUGCUUUAGAGUAAAAUGCUUCAUAGAGACCGAUGCUGGUUUCAACCCAACACCGUCAAAGACCGACUUAGCACAUCACCAUCCUUGCACCAUUGCAUUAAGGAACUUUGGUAACAAGCCUUCAGAUAAAGAGAAUGAUGUUCUCAUUGAGAUAACCAAAGAUGGAAAGAAGUUGUCUAUCUUGCAAUUGGAGAAGCUAUAUCAGGACUGGCUGUUUGAGAUGCAUGAUCGCUAUGACGAGGAGAUUGACUGUGGAGAGGAUCAACCUACUUUUGUAAUUGGCCCUUUGCACAAGAAAGAGCUUGGCGUUUCUUCCGAUGUUCUGAGAAUUCACAAGGCUUUCCAGAGGAAAGGCAUAACUUGGAAAGCAGGGCAGAAGAUUAAAAUUUUGAAGGGAGCUUGUAGGGGUUUCCAUAAGAACAACAUUUUCGCCACAUUGGAAUUUAUUAUCCUUGAAGGAUGGCAGGGGGACUCGGGCGGUGAGGCUCGAAUCAUCUGCAGGCCAUUAAAUGUCCCUGCUGAGAGUGGUUGUCGCCUCACAUGUGAUAAAGGAUGUGCUUGCUUUGAAAUCCGCGAUUCAAAAUCUUUGCCGAUUAGUGUGAUUGAUGCUGGAAAGUGCUUAUCUGUUGAUAGUACAGAAUGGGAGAACCAAAUUUUGAAACACCAAGAGAAAACCACUCCAUCAUCAAUUGACAUAUUUGAUGCCGAGCAAUGUCAGGAAUUGGACAUUGAGGGGGCGCUACCUCAGGAUGUUGUUGAUGCUGGACAUGAACCUCCAGAGGAGAUUACUGCAGUUGUUCGUCCAGCUUCUUUUAGUUCUGUUACCGCAUCCAAAAGUUUGGAUCAGAAAUACAUUAUGAAAGAUAAUUUUGAGAUGACUCUAGAGAUCAAAUUUAAAGCAGAUGAGAAUGAGAAAGAACUUAGACAUAUUUACUCUGGGCAAUUGACUCCUUCAUCGCUUAAAGGAUUUCAUGGUCUAUAUAUGUUCCCCCUGAAGAAGAAGUCACCAAAUCUUUUUCAGAAAGCAGGCAUUUAUCUAUUUCGAUUUUCUCUUAAAGAAAGUCGUACAAUUUCUUUAAAGGAAGUGCGCGUAAAAGCAUUGUCUGAAGCUGCUAGUUGGGAACUUGUAAGUGAUGGGAAGAGUACACACAGUGUAAGGGUUGGUUCUUGUUUUCCAGAGGUUUUAAGUGUUGGAUGUUGUGAUAAAUUCUCCAAUCGUAUACCAUUCAAGUCGAAGACAAAGAUAGAGAUGAAGUUAAGUUCUGGCGGCAGAGCCAUUUCAUCCGAAUGCAGUUAUGAUCAAUGUAUUACACAUGACAGAUAUACCAUGAAGUUUAAGAAUGUAACCAUUGAAAGUAGUGAAUUGGAUAUGAUUCGACCAAGUUAUAAAGCUACAUUACGUAUAGAUUCAAAGGAGGAUCCAUUUUUUGUAGCUAUUCCAUGUGCAGUUAUUCCAGGACCAUUGCAACGAGUCCUUCUGCGUCCUGUAGAUUUGGGCAAGAAAUUGGUUCCUGGGAUGGUACUUAAGGAGCUUGCUCUUGAGACAUUUGACAAAUAUGGUAACCAUAUGAGAAAAGAUGAGCACAUCAAGCUGGCGCUGGAAGGAUUACAUUUACUAGAUAAAGGAGAUUCUUUUUAUAAGGUCGAUGAUCAUGGGUGUGUAAAUCUAAGUGGAACCUUGAAAGUAACAGCAGGAUAUGGUAAACCUGUUUCCCUUUCUGUUUUGUCUGGUGAUGAAGUAGUUUUCAAGAAAGAGUUUCAAACUGAUAGGAGAUCGUUGCGAGUUGCAUCUGAGGUACCUAAAGUUUGUGCUGCCGGUUCUCAUUUGGAAGAAAUCGUUUUUGAGGUUAUAAAUUCUGCUGGUGAAGUGGAUGAAGAUAUCAAUAGUGAAGAGGAAGAUGGCCACUCCCAUACCCUUCUGAUAAGGCAGGACUCAUUGAGGGGAGAAGACAAUGUGAGAUACAGCUUCCAUCGUGGGCGCUGCAUUGUCCGCUCCAUUCCUCUUCCGAAUAACGAAGGGCUUUUCUGCUUUGUAGCCAGUCACUCUCGUUUCCAUGAGCUGCAGACAAGCAUAGAGGUGCAUGUUGAGAAAGCAGUAAUCAGUACGCAUGAACCUACCCAACCUAGAAGUCCCAUGAAAGAGAUUCUGCUUCUUGAGGAUUCAUAUUUUAAAGGCCGAGGAACGGUGUCUGAUAACACCUAUGAUGGAAGUAUAAUGCUCUUCAACGAUUCAUGUUCUUCCAGGGAUCUGGAAGACAGACUAAAAAAACUUGGGGAUGAUAUUUGCAGAUAUGGCCUAUGCAUCAGACAGUGUGAAGCAAAUGUGGAGUCACUUAAUAUUAAGCAAUCAAAUAUUGAGCUUGAGAUGUCCAACUUGGGAGCUUGUAUCGGUCUUGAUUCUUUUCACGACGUGGGCUAUGAUAAAGACAUGGUUGUGGAGAAGAUUGAAGGGAAGGCGGACAGUGCAGCUGCUGUUAUCCACAAGCUGCUCAGAUCACCAAAACCUGAACAGCUUUAUCACAAACUUGCUCAUGACAUACUUGGCGCGGUUGCACUUCUUGGAGAGGUUCAGACCCAUAAGCUUAGCAGCAUGCUUGCAGCAUAUCUUGGAGAAGAUCAGAUGCUUGCUGUAGUAUGCAAAUCCCGUGCAGCUGCCAGAGCUCUUGAAAAUUAUCAAAUGGAUGGAAAUGUGAAUUGUGCCAGUGAUCUUAACAUAUUAGCAGCUAAGCUUGGAAUUUCCAUCAAGGGUCGAUAUCUGGUUAUAUGCCUAGAGGAUAUAAGGCCAUAUACGCGAGGAGUCAGCAGUGAUCCCCAAAGAGAACUUGCUCUUCCGCACCUUACUUUAUCAAACGGAAAAACUCCCCCAGGCUUUUUGGGCUAUGCGGUUAAUAUGAUAUUCCUUCCUGCAGAACAUUUGCAGUUUAGAACUGCUUCAGGUCAUGGUCUCCGAGAGACAUUAUUUUAUCGUCUGCUUGGUAAGCUUCAAGUCUACAGGUCUAGAGAGCAACUUUACAUGGCAAGUUCCUGCAUUGAAGAUGGUGCGGUUUCCUUGGAUGGUGGAAUGAUGAGAGGAAAUGGAGUUGUAUCUGCAUCUGUUGGAUCUGAGGAACCAUGCAUUCUAUUUCCAGUCAUCUGUCUGGAAAGACAGUUGCUCCUCUCACCUGAGAAAGUAGAAAGAAUGAAGAGAAUCGAAGACUUGAAGCUGAAACGAAAUCAAUUGCAAGAUCAGAUACAGGAAGAGCUUAGGAAUGGAGCAAAGUACAAGAAGAAGUUGGUCAAAAAGCUAGAGUAUAAAAAGCAUAUAGAUGAUCGGUUGGAACCUUCGCCCGGAAUGUACUACUCUGACAUGGAUAUCAGUUGACGCUGGUUUUCUUCUUCUGAGGCCUGUACAUGUAAUUACCUAAAACAAGGCCUCUAUGUUUAUUUAUGCCAGAGACUUCCCUUUAUUUAAACAUAUUUUUGUGAAGAAACACAGGAUAGUAUACUGUACAAAUCAACACCUACAGCCGUUCAAGUAAAUGAAUUAUCAAGUUGGAUCUUUUCACCUACUGUCUCAGUUUUGUCUCAGUUUUGGUGGUCAGAGUUAGUUGUCUUUCCUAAGGUCAUAGGAAUCAUUUAUUUUUCUUUGUUUGGAAAAGAAUUAAAGGUGAAGCUGCUACAUCUGGUUCCCUAUUUAGAUGUUUGUAUGUGAUUAAAAUUGUUUUGGCUCAUAUAUUUAUAUAUACUAGUUUAGUGUA